AUGGAGUUAGGCCAGACAGCUGGUCUUAUAGGCCAGUACACUUGUCCACCAGGGUUCAACAGAAAUUGCUUUUCUAACCCUGAGUUUCCACAGGAGGCACAUUGUUGUAGUCAGUGGGGCCAUGAUUUUCGUCCAGACUACAAGAAUCUUGGUAUCUUAAAGACCCAGUUUCCCAAUGUUCCAGUGAUUGCUUUGACUGCUACAGCAACGAAGAAAGUCCAAGAAGAUCUGAUGGAGAUGCUGCACAUUCCAAAAUGCAUCAAAUUUGUUAGCAUGGUCAACCGGCCGAAUCUUUUUUAUAUGGUACGAGAAAAGUCAUCUGUUGGAAAGAUGGUUAUUGAUGAUAUUGCUGAAUUCAUACAAACUUCAUAUCCAAAUAAUGAAUCUGGCAUAGUCUAUUGUUUCUCGAGAAAGGAGUGUGAACAGGUUUGUAUGAUGCUUAUUAUUUUUAGCCACAAAAUAACUUCUUUCUUUGUUCUGAUCCUAAUCCACCUAAAGAACUUUUUGCCUACUAAAAUUUAUUACGAGAAUUAA